AUGCGGUUAAAGUUACCGUACUGGGUACUGGUAACCCUAAUACAUAUUGGUGGAGCCUUGUCCGUAUGCCCAACCAGAUUUUAUGCACAAGCUGUAAAUAGUAACAGAGUGGCCGAGUUGGACUAUUAUGUUUCACGGUCAGUCAAGUUUGGCACAUAAACUUAAGUUUAGACAAGUUUUGAUGACAUUUUAUUACAUAAAUUAUUACUUUUUUGAUAUUCAAAGAGUUAUUUAGCACCACUUUAUUGCAAAACUGCAGGAAAAAAGUGAAUUUUUAUGCACUUUACGCUUUCUGUUAAUUUAUGGAAAAACGUUAAAUUAUAUGCAUUUUAACGUUUUUAAGUCCUUGUUAUGGUCAAAACGUUGAAAAGUUUUAAAUAAAGCCUAACUUCGCCGAACUUUAAUUAAAAAAAUCUUUUAUAAUGUCUUAUCUACCAUUACCGACUAUUUUUUCUAAAUUUUAACUUGUUUCAGCGGAGAAAUCCCGACAGCAACAGACUGUGCCAUAUUUUGCGCGCGACGUCAAUUUUGCCGCACUGCCAUCUACAACCACGACCUGAGAACAUGUGCUUUGACAUACGAAAAGCUGAUCGAAUGUUCCACCAAGAAGCAACGAUACAAUACAUUCCAUUUGACUUCGGACACAAGCGAAGGCGCGACGUCUAUGAUCUCUUGUGUAGAUCUUUGUGAGCGAGAUACUGGCCGAUUUGGACGAGUUGAAGCACCAAAAGCUUUGUUUUCGACAAAUGAAGAGGUGGAGAAUGUUGAGGUGAUUCAGAAGAGUGGGAAAAAACCGGCAACUUUGGCGAAGUCGGCCAGGAUCAGCAUAAGAAACUCGAAGGAUCAAAAGAAUCUUGGUGAUAUCAUAGAUAACAUAAAAACAGAAGUCAAAACAGGAGGAAAUGGGUCUAAAGCAAGUGGAAAAGAAGCUGAUAGUCUGGCUAAUGCUUUGUUUGGAAAUGAGGCCAGAAUUCGAGAGUUGGACGAGAAAGAUCCAUCGAAUGUUAUCAUGAAAGCUCUCCAAAGUUUGAUGUUGGAGGUGGAGAAGAAUCAUACGAUGUUGACAAAAGAAGGUGUUGCAACACAUGGCGAAAUGUUGGGGAUGGAGAAAAAGAAUAUUACUGUAAGUUUUAUUUGUUUAUGAAACAUUUUUUGUUGUUUUAGGUAAGAGAGGCUUGAAUUUGAAGAAUUUGGGUAAUAACUUUAGGUCUAUUGAUAAAUAUGGACUGUUUAUGAUAUUUUAAGACAAAGAAAAUUGUAAAUUUUUUCUAAACGGUGUUUGAUAUUUUACUUACAAAGAACAAAGGUUUUGUUGUUUAGGUAACAUUUAUUCUUACAGGACUUCAAGGAGAUUAUAACCGAGCCGAUUCCCGGCCAAAAAGUUAAAUUCCAUGCUUUUCCAAUUCAAAUUGAAGAGACUGUGAACGGUAGUCGAAGUGCUACAGAAGCUGAAGCCAAAAGCAGUGAAAUCGAGUCGGCCGUUGGAACGAUGAGGAAUCUGACACAGAAGACGAGAAAAGAUGGUGGAUUCUUUACUUGGUUGAAGCCUGGAGAGAAGUUAAAAUUCCCUGAUGGUGUUAAUGUGCCGAUUGAGUUGGCUACUAUUGCUCCUGAAUUGUUUGAAGAAAGACCGGGAGCUACAGAGACUUCUGAAGGCCGGCACGGUGGUUCUGAAGGAAGUAAUGAUGGUUCAGAUAGCGAAAGAGACUUUUUUAAGGAUGGUAAAACUGAUCAGAAGGCUCAGCUGGAUUCUGGAGCUACUUUAGAGCCGAUUUUGAAAACUGGUUCUGUUGGUACACUUGGUGCCAAACAUGGUACCUUUGACAAAUUUAGUAGCAGAAUAGAUUCUCCACAUAGUAGUGAAGGCUCAACACAAACUUUUACUUCUGUAGGACCUAACGGAAUCACAAAAACAAUACAGAAGUCAACUCACGCUAAGAUUCACUCGCCGUUCGCUCAGAAUCCACCUCGGGACGAAAUCCGUGAGCUUUUUGAAGAAAACAUUGACCAAAUUAUUGUCAAUGGCAGACUACUGACUCCAGAUGAAGCACAACAACUUCUGGAGAAUGAGAGAACCACUACGACGACUACAACAACACCGUCACCCUGGAAGCCGGCUUCCCAUUUGUUCGGAGCGACGGACGAAGAGGAUUCGGAAAAGAAGGUGGUGGAAGAAGUGGCGGCCAAGGCGUUGGUCGAUGAACUACAUCAUAAAGACCCGGAACGAGGGUUUCUGAAUACUUUCUUUAUCAGAGGUUUGAACAACAUCAUUAGGGGAGAGGAGGAACAACGGCUACAGGAUCUACAACGUAAGGUUUUGAAAUUGAAGCUGAAGGGUUAGAAAGGCUUUAAAAAUGAUCAGAUUUCAAGAUUUUAAAAUUUUUUGGGUGUGGCCAAAAAUUAGAUAGAAAAAUGAAUAAGGGUGACCAAGCUUGUUCUUAGCAAGCUAUUCUAUAGACUUUUUGACCGCUUUUUAUUUAUUUUUCAAAAAUAUUACUUAUUUUGGCCCAGACGUUCAAAAUGUAAUUAAUUUUGGUUUUUAAACGCGCCAUUCUUUACGAAUCAAGUUGAAAACGAUAAUUUGUUAUCUAAAAUUGAAAUAAAAUAUUAAAAAAUUUUAAAAAAUUAAAUUGAAAAAAUUAAUUUAAAUUUGAUUAUCAGCUAUUAAAACAACAAAACUUUCAGCCAGACUAGCUCAAUCUGAUCAAAUCUCUCAAAAACAUCUGAAACACCUUCCACUAACUACAACAACAUUGCCUCCGUUACCUAUAACAACCACCAGAGCCCCGAUCGUAUGUUACCGGUCGAUUCCCCAACAAGUAUUGAUGUAUGCUUCAUUCGCAUCGUACGAUGGUGUAUCUUUGAACCAUUGUCGCUGCUUGUGUGCUGAUACUUGGAAGGAUUCGGAUGAAGAUGCACAAAGAUGUAAGAGUUUACAGUACAAUGAAGUGAAAGGAGAGUGCACGUUGAACAGUGGAGAUCAUAAUGGGAAGUAUGAUUUGAUCUACAACAAGUUUGUGGAUUAUCAUUAUGUUUCGUGUGAGAUCAAGUGUAAGUUGUUGAGGUUUUGGCAGUUAUUUUUGGUUUUUAGGUAAUAAAUGGACAGAAAUUGGUGGUUUGUGAAAACUUUAAGGUUUGGAAAGAAAGUUUUUGCUGUUUUUUUAAAUUGGUAGAAUUUUUAAAAUUAGUUUUUUAAGUUUGUAAACAAAGUUUUGACAAUUUAUUGAAAUCGCCCAGUUCAGAAUUGGGUCCCACCACGAAAACUUUCAAACUCAAAAAUAAUGUAAAAUAAUUCUAGAUCUGAAGAAAACGGCCAAUAAAUUGUGUAAAAACUUCAAAAACAUAGUAUUUACAACGCCAUCAGUACCAGUACACGAUGAACCAGAAACCAGUACUACUAAACUCCAUCCAAAGCUAAUAACUGCCUCAGAAGUCGCAACAUUACCUCCAACUGAAGCAACUACUGCUGCUGAAGUUGCCACGACAAGAGAAGUCGAAAUUGAGUUAAUUCGACCGGUCGAAAGUGCAACUGAAAAGAUUAUUCUAAAGGAUGGUGACGCCACUACUCAAGGUAAAGGUGAUCUUGAAGGUACUACUGAAAGCGAUGGUACAAAUGAUACUAAGUCUAAGAAAAAGUCGUCGUCAGAAGAAAAUACGUCGCUGAAGUUGCAUGAACAUGUCAUUUCAGCAACUCAAAGUGCUACAGAGUCUAAAAUUGAUAUUGAAGUACAAGAUGGUACCACUUUGAAGAAUGACCUAGAAAGCACUACUUCAUCAAGUAAAACAAGUACUACUUUAUCUGCUAAGACUACCACAACGUUGUCAACAACAUCAACCACUAAAAAGCCAACAACAACUAAAUCUACAAGUACUACUCAGCAUGCAGUAACUAGUACUGUAACUACAACAGAAAAGAUUGAAGAAACUACCAUCUUGAUACCUGUUGAAAAAGAAACUCAUGCUUUGCCAACUACGACCAGUUUCACGACUUCUUUGUUGGAAAAAGCCGAAACUGAUGGAUGUUUUGAGCUCAUAAAGGGCUACGGUAUGAACUCAACGGCUGGAGGUCUGGAAAGGGAUGUGUCGCUCGAACAAUGUGAAUGUCAUUGUGCUAAUAGCUUGUAGGUUAUUGUAUUUUGUUUGCUGAAGAAUAUUGGUUUUAAAAAAGUAUGGUUUUCUGGGUUUAAGGGGUCUAAAAUUAAAGGGAAAUUGCGGUUUUCCAAGCGGAAUCGAACUGUUUUUGAUUUUUGACUUUUUUAAGUUAACACAACUUGGUUGUAACGCAUGGUAGUGCUAUGAAAUUUUGUAGGUAUAUCUUGAUUUGUAUGCGUUACAAUAUUUUUGAUUUACCUUUUUCUUAAAAGUACAUGAAAAAUUUAUUACAUUUCAAGAUUUUAUUACAUUUUCUUACUUUCAGAGCCUCAAAACGCUACCCAUUCCAGUGCAUAUCAGCUACCUAUUACGCGAAAGAACGUGAUUGUGUCUUAAACUUGGACAACCGACAACUUCGACCAGAUUCUUUGGUAAAAUACGGAGACGACGUCACUUAUUUGGGUUUGGUAUGUCCUCAGAAGACGGCUCUACGUCGUCAUACUGAUCAAGGAUCUUGUGAUAUUGAGUCUUCAACUGUAGCUUUUGUACAAUCUCAAGAAAACGGUCACGAUGACAGUUUAAGCAACAAGAAUGGCCAUCAUGAUGACAAAAAUGAUCAUGACAAAGCUAACCGGAAUGGCGACAAAACUAGCCGUAAUGAUAUAGGUGGAACCGAUAAACAUACACAUGAAUCUAGACGACAUAUGACUACACCAAACCCGUUGAUACCUAAACAUAGCGAUGAUUGUUACCUAGAAAUGCCGAAUCAUGUUCUAGAAGGCACGUCGCUGGCUGUAGAAGCCGAUAUUACAGUAGAUGAGUGCAAAUGCUUCUGUGUGGACUCGGAGAAACGUUAUGGAAUGACGUGCCAAAGCUUUGCUUACUACUUUGAUUCAAAGACUUGCCUGUUGAGCAAGGAAAAUCGGUAAGAACUUUAUUUACAGGGGUUUUUCUCUAUUCUUCAAGCCUUCAAAGACCUUAGUCUUCUUUUAUUUUGCUCUAAACACAUUUAUCUUACUUAUAUUCAUAAUAUUGUAGAGUAUCAGAUCCACAACACUUUAAUUUCGAUCCUCAAUUGAAGCUGGUUCACAGUUAUUUCGAAUACAGAUGUCACGCGGAACCAGAGGAGCAAGAAUCAUAUGUUAACAAGGUUUGUCGUCGUAUCAUUGACGUGGAAAUGAGUUUGCAACCCACAAGCUCGUCAAUCGAUGUGGAAGAAGUCAAGCAUAUUAAAGAUACGACCAUUGACAGGCAUGAACAUGGCACAUCUGGGCAUGAGCACGGUAGUUCUGGACAUGAACAUAGCAAUUCUGGGCACGUUGAAGGUAAUGAACACAGUAAUUCAGGUCAUACAGAUCAAGAUGAAGAGGAUGCAAAUAGAAAUGAAGAUCAUGAGGAUGAACAUGAGUCUAUAGAGAGACACAAACAUGUUCAUGACGGUCAUGUUGAGCAUGUUCAAAGUCAUAAUAAGGUCAAAAAGACUAAAAAAUCAAAGAAAAAUGAAGAAAAUAGCGAGGAAACAACUACUUCUUCCAGAAAAUCUAAGAAAUCUAGGAAAGAAACUGUGGAUAAUCAAGAUUCAAACGAAUCAGAAGAGGAUUCAGAAGACAAGCAUCGAGAAUCCGACCGAAAUUCAUCGACGGAACAACAAGAAUUGACCAGAAAUUCGAAUAAAACUAAGAAAAACAAGGUGAAGGUCCUUAAAUUCGAGAAUUCAGAGGAAAAACAAGAACAUUUCGAUGCUCCAGAUCAAGAAUCAGAUUCACAAUUCAACGCGGAAGCUACUGGACUCAAGGUCAAAGAUGUAGAUAUUGAGGAUGGCGACAAUGAAGACAUCAAAAAGUACAAAGAGAUCAAGUUUGAGGACACUGAGAAGAAGUCAAAGACAGAAAAUGGCCAGAAAUCAGAGGUUACCGUGAAGGCUGAAGCCGUAAAAAGUACGGAGAAUGUGGCCAAGACCAGUAGCAACAAAAGCGUACCCGAAGUUGUCAAUCCAACAACUUCAACGGCUUCAAGCAAGGUUAAGACAACCAAAAAGGUGGUGAAUAUGAUACCUGAGAUGGAGGAUGAAGAAGAAGAAAGUGAGGACUUGGUAACGCAAAAGGUUUUGAUGGAUGACCAUGUGCGAAGAGCUGAUGCUAGUACGACAACUACUACGACUACUACCACUACUCAGUAGGUUUGGAGUGGGAUAUUGUAGUAGGUAUAAAGUAUUGUGGUAGUGAGCUGUAUAUUGUAAUAGCCUUAAAGUAUUUUUUGUUUGAAAUUGAAGGUUUUCUAGAUAGAUUCAUUAAUUCUUUCGCAUUUUUGAAAAAUAAAAAUUUUCAAAAAAACGAAAAAAAUUAAUGGAUCAAACAUUCAUUGCCUUCUUUUCCAUAAAAAUGUUGUUUUAGACCCACAACAACGACUACAACAACAACCACAGCAGCUCCAACAACUACAAAGACUACUACAACAACACCGAAGCCUACGACUUCAUCAACCACGACGAUAGCCACUACAACACAAAAAGUAUAUCCACCGGUCGGACAAUGUCGCUACAGUGCUUUAUAUCAGACCGUGUUCAAUGGAGAACGUACUAUUAAGAAAGUCAUGGUUACUAGGUAAGGAGCUUGGCUUUGAAGGACUAUAUUUACAGGUGGGGGGGGGGUUGAUUUUGGAAGGGGAGGGAGAAGAGUUUAAAACGAAAUUUUUUUAAAAUUUACAAAUGAAAUUUCAGCCCAGCCCAAUGCUUCGCGGCCUGCCAUUACGAACGUUGUCGCUCGGCCAAUUUGAUUCAAAUGGAAGGUCCAAUCAAGUAUUGUGAGCUGUUCCGAGACUCCAUUAUUGACUUUAGGAGAACAGACGUACUUGGCUUCGACCGAGGUGCUGUUCACUUUGAUGGCAUUCAAUGUGAUGACGCUUAG